AUGGGGGCUCCCACUGAAUCAGUGCCUCUUUACAACUUUUUAGUAAGCUUUGAAUUCUUAUCGUUAUGCUGCAGGCAAGGCUUAAGAGCCAUUGUCGGAGGGCUAAGGGGUGCCUAUUCUGGACUCCCUGCCACAUUGCUGGUUUCGUGUCCAUCGGCCGCAAUUUUCUUCUACACUUAUGAGAUGAUGAAUGAUAUUUUCAAAGCAAAUAGAGACCAUUUCUCGCUCUCGCAAACCCUCAUCUCAUCGGUUACUGCUGAAUUGGUACCACUUUGUGCCUCUGUCAUAAGAACGCCAGCAGAAAUUGUCAAACAAAGAAGGCAAGCGCACCUGUUUGGAUCCACCUAUGCGGCCUUUAAUGACCUGUUAAAAAAGGCAAAAGGCAGCCGCAUGGUACAAUGCAGCCAACUAUAUCGAGGGUUUAUUCCCACCAUAAUACGCGACAUUUCGUUCGCUGCCAUUCAAUUUGUAAUUUACGAAUACAACAAGGUGCAUCAUGUGGUCCUUAACCUUUUAGAACCUGCUAUCAAAGUACAUAAGCCGACCGCUUCUUCCAUCGGAAGCCUCAGUUUGCGGGUGCAUUGCGGGGGGAAUUUCUGCAGCCAUAACAACGCCCUUGGAUGUGCUAAAGACUCGAACCAUGCUGAAUCUUUCACCCAAGGUACCCUGGAUAGCAUAGCUGAUUUACAGGAGAAAAUCCCAAAUGUGUUUGUACUGGGAACUGCCAUUUUGAACAAAGAAGGCGCACGCUCGUUGCUCCAUGGGCUUACGCCGCGCGUUGCAUGGAUGACAAUAGGCGGCGGCAUAUUUUUUGGCGCAUACGAACAGGCCAAAUCAUUUCUGUCGUAG